AUGGAGGAUUCAGAUAGGCGCAAAAUCACUCGGCUUUGUGAAGAAGAAAGACUACAAGCAAUACCCAAUGGAUCCGCUGGCCAGCUGGCUUCUACCUCUACCAAUUGUGUUGACUUGAUAAUAUCAAUGAUCCUGUUGAGCAACAGCACCAACAACACCUUAUACCGCAAGCAGUUGUGGGAAAAUACCUGA